AUGGAAGAAGCGUGCAUGUCAUCCGUAUUCAAUUUAUCCGUAUCUGCGAUGUAUCAUUUAUGUGGACAACCGGUAGCUGUUGAUUUGGUUAAUAACAAAACCGUUUGUGGCAAUAUAUUUACAUUUGAUCCAAUUAGUCACUCAGUUGUAAUCAUUGUUUUUGCGUGUAAUGCAGAGCCAAAGAUAGUGCGAGUUAUACCCGGUAUAUCGAUAAAACAUUUAAGGAAAUUAGAUGAUGAUCAGUUGCCGGAUGGGUGCGUUAAAAAAACACCUGAGCUAGAAUAUUGGCUCGGAAAGUUGCUUAGAGCAGCACCACAGUCAUCCAAACAACAGGUUUUGGAAAGGCGAAAAAAGUUGGUUGAAUGGUUAGAAGAGAAUCAGAUCCGAGUGAAAAGCAACAACGACGGAUCAAUCACUGUAUUUGAUGCCGUACGGAUCACCCCACCUUUUACGGCAGACGAUUAUAAAAGCAACGUGGUGGAAAGUGAGGAAAUGGAAAUGCUUUACAAUGACAACAAAACGGCAGCUGUGGUAGAAGUUGAACAAGAUAUUGAAAGAAAUACGGAAAGUCAAAUGAUUAUGGAUGAUGAACUCUCAAUGAAGGAUCGAAAUUUUAAGGAAAGAUUUCUAGAUGAUAAUUCGGCGGAGGUAGUUAAUGUAAAGCAUGAAGAUAAUAAAUGUGACAGUAAUGGGGUCAUGGAAGAUGCACUAGAGAGGACGAUAAACGAAGUUGCAGAGACAAGUUUGCAAAGUGCUGCUGUUGAAGGGGAAGAUUUGACGAAUGAAGAUUCGAAGAAAAAAAGCAGAUACGACUGGGAUGCACCGAUUGUUAAAGACAUUGUACGACGAGUUAAAAACCACCGCUUAUCACAUGCCAAAGCAGCUGAACAACUCUCUCUACUAAUGGAUGCGAAAGUAACAUCUAUUGGAGUACGUUUACAAGUUGUUAAAAUGGCGAACGAUGAAGCGCUUGCGAAACAGGAUCAGCGAAGCGGCUACUCGAAGACAUUCAAUGAUGGUAAUUCUUCUCCUGGUAAGGCUGCAAGCAAAGCAACAGAUGUAUCAGUGAGAGAGCGUGAAAAUAGAUCACCUGUUUCAUAUCGUACUAGAAGCAAAACGAGCACAAAACAAAAUGCAGAUGGUUCACAAAGCAGGAAGUCAGAAAAUGGUGUGAAGGUUCACGUUACUUCACUAAAUAUGGGUGAGGCUAGCAGUCAGUGUACUGGGACCACUAAUGGAAUUAGUUUGCCAAUGACGGCAGUGCAAAAUGAUGCAGCAAAUAACCAGCUUUAUUUGCCUGUCAUCAUCUCACAGCCAACAUCCGCAGCAGCAGUGGCCACGAAAAUGGUACCACCAGUCAUACGGCUUUUAGAUAACGAAGGGAAAUUGACACAUAUUGCGGUUGCUGAAAACGGUAGCUACAAAUUAUACCGUGUUAGUGAGGGAGGUACAAAUGCCGAACAUAUGCAAAUGGUUAAUCAGGCUGUAUCCACUGAUACUGCUUCAUCAGUGAUUGAACCUGCAAACAGCGUGGUCGUACCAGGAAUCCAAGGAACGAGGAAACCGGAAAAAGGCAUGACACCUAGUUGUAGUGCCAAUUAUUACAUCGAAAGUGUUCCAGCGCAACAAACUUUGGGAGCCCUAGUGGGUAUACCGAAAUUCGUCAACCCGCAGCGUUAUGGUGGAAGUAAUGUAUACACAAGGACAAUUGGACCCGUGGGCACGACUAGUACAAUUUCAUGCGUAAGCGGCAUUCGGUCUCGAACUGAAAUAAAAGAGGAAGUUAAAAGAUUGAUUCGCUGCUUGAAAUCUCAACAUAUUACUUGUGAAGAAGCUGUGAAACAGUUGUUCGAAUAUGUUGCGUUGCAUUCAUCGAACAUUAUUUUACCCCCCACAAAAGAGAUGAACGAUACUGAGGAGAACAGGCAGAAAGCGGACAACAGACCUGUCGGUCCCAAUGAAGCCAUAAAUAGGAAAAUGAUUGUAUGGGCGGAUCCCGGAAAGCUUCAUAUUGUAGAUUACGAGAUACCAUUGCAACAGGAAUGUAGUGCUGAAGAUGGAAACGAACAGUAUACAAGGCUAGUUGAUGAGCAAGGAAAUAUGAACAUUGCCAUUGCAGAAGGAGAAGGUUAUCGUGUCUAUCGGUUGAACAAGGCAGCGCAGAAUCGUGAAUCAUAUAAAUGCGCCGAUUGUGAUUUAUUACAUAAAAUGAAAAAAGAUCCAAUUGCGCUAGUUGAAAUUGUCGAUGGCAUGUUGAUGGGUGACAUUCAUCCUUCACACCAUCCAAAAUGUCCUUUGCAAACAUUAUCAGUAAAAGAUUGCGAACAGAAUUCGGAUAUUGAGGAGGGUCGAAAAGGAGGUGAAGUAAGAAAAAGUGGCAAUGCAAAGCGUAUGCCAAGAGAAAAUGGUCGCAAAAAUCGACAGUCGACCAAGUCACCAGUCAGAAAAAGACCUAACGUUGCUCCGGGACGAAGUUUGGGAAUGACAUUAAGAAAACGGAAAGCAAGGACCGUAACUAGCCCGGGAAUUUAUGAUUCUGAAGUAAUGAGUUAA